AAAAAAUUCACGCGUGAAAGCAAGAAGAAGAGACAGUAGAGUCUAGAGACUACUAAAGUGUUUGGUUUACUCAUUCCCUCUCCUUUUCAAGUGACAGAGCCAGACACUCACUACCUCUGUGUUUUUUUUAAUGGUCGGUGAAGAAACCGUGAUUUGCUCAAAUCACCAAAAUAAUACUCUCUUCAAUCUCCAUCUUCCCGUUAUCUCCGCCACGUGUUUCUCUCUUUUUGUCUCCUUUCUUCUUCUCCCUAAUCUUAAUCUCAGAAACCAACAACAUCAGUAGUCAGUACCCCCACACACACAGAGAGACCCUUUUUCGAUUCUCCACUUUCUCAUAAAGGAACGAUUUUUCGAGAUGUGGGUCAGUGUUGAUUUCUCUCCUCUUGGCUUAUGAGUUUCGAAUUCGAAUCUCAAACUAAAAAGCUUUUUGAAACAAGCAACAAAUGUUACUGACACCUAAGAUGUUUAGUUCUUGGCUUCGACAAGAUGUGAAGAAGAUCCUCAAACGCAAAGACAGUGAUGCUGGUGAACGAGGAAAAGCAUUGGAGGACUUGAGAGCAUCGUUAUUCAACAGAUUCCGUUCACCGGAAACUCCAAAGAGACAGCAACAACAACAACAUCGUAUCUGUGGCCCAACUGUUGCUCUUACUUUCAAUUUCGUUGUUGCUAUUAGCAUUAUCUUCAUGAACAAAUGGGUUCUUAAAAAUAUAGGCUUUGAGUUUCCAGUGUUCCUCACAUUCAUUCACUACAUUGUAGCUUAUCUACUAAUGGCUCUUCUCAAAUCCUUUUCGCUCCUUCCUGCUUCACCGCCUUCCACGAAAUCAUCGUUGCUUCCGCUCUAUACUCUUGGCAUUGUAAUGUCACUCUCUACAGGACUAGCUAAUGUUAGCCUUAAGUAUAACAGUGUUGGAUUCUACCAGAUGGCGAAAAUUGCUGUUACGCCUUCUAUCGUGUUUGCAGAGUUCUUGUGGUAUAGAAAGAGAGUUUCUUUCAUGAAGGUGGUAUCACUUACAGUUGUAUCUGUGGGAGUUGCGGUUGCGACUGUAACAGAUUUACAGUUUAGUCUGUUUGGUGCUUGUGUAGCAUUCGCAUGGAUCAUACCAAGCGCAACUAACAAAAUCUUGUGGUCUAAUAUGCAGCAACGAGAAAACUGGACUGCUUUGGCGUUGAUGUGGAAAACGACGCCAAUCACUCUGUUGUUUCUUGUAUCGAUGAUUCCGUUCUUGGAUCCGCCCGGUGCUCUAUCGUUCAAUUGGAGCUUAACCAACACAUCUGCCAUUCUUGUUUCUGCUCUUCUCGGAUUCUUUCUUCAAUGGUCAGGAGCCUUAGCUCUAGGGUGAGUAAAAGUUUCUUAUACAUUAGUGUUGUCGUUACAUUUUGGAUUUAAAGGUUGCGUAGCUGAGUGGUUCCUUAAGUCCAAAUUUUGCUCCAUAUAUUGCAGAGCAACUUCUGCAAUUACGCAUGUGGUGCUAGGACAGUUCAAGACUUGUGUCCUCCUCCUUGGAAACUACUACAUUUUCGGGUCGAAUAGUGGUUUCAUUAGCGUUGGCGGUGCGUUUGUGGCGAUUAUGGGAACUUCGUUAUAUACAUACCUUAACACGAGAGGUCAAUCUCUUAAAACUUCGUCUUCUUCUUCUGCUCUCUCGGAGAAGAAGUCAAGAUUCAGUGAUCUUAAGGAUGAUGACAAGAAUCUUGAACCUUACGGCUCCGAAGCUGUCUAGUCUAGGCUAACUUUUGUAUUAUAUAGUUUUGAUUAUUCCACAUUACAUUAGAUUCUAAUUCCAACUUUUUGUUUUUGUCGAUGAUUCUUGUUUCCAUUUUUCUAAUUUCAUCUCUGAAAAUAAACAACUUUUCUUUUGACAACAACUCUUUCAAUUCAUUUUUUUGUUUUUGUUUUCUUUUGUCUUGUCAUCAAAUGUUCUUGUAUCUUUUAUUUUCUGUCAAUUUUGGGAGGUGUAUAUGUGCUGAAUAUCUUGAAAUUUAAUG